UUCAUUAUUGUUAGUUACAGCAAGCCGCUGAAGUUUCUCAACUGCGGGGAGCAAGGGUAAUCACUCCUGAAGAUCUUCUGUUUUUGAUGCGCAAAGAUAAGAAAAAACUUAGAAGAUUGCUAAAAUACAUGUUUAUCCGAGACUACAAAUCAAAGAUUGUCAAAGGCAUUGAUGAGGAUGAUCUUCUUGAAGACAAAUUGAGUGGCAGCAAUAAUACGAACAAAAGACAAAAAAUUGCUCAGGACUUCCUCAACUCUAUUGACCAGACAGGAGAACUUUUAGCAAUGUUUGAAGAUGACGAAGUUGAUGAAGUUAAACAAGAAAGAAUGGAG